GCUCUGUGUAGGAUUAAUUUUCAUUUGACCAACAUUUUUCAUGGAUGAAAUACCACUACCCAAGUUUGAGGUAUCACGGAAUCAAAAAAUGAUGCAAAUUUCCAUUAACAUUAAUUUAAGACUUACUGCCAUCAAGUGUGAACGACGUGCUUGCACAAGUAUUCAAUAUUCUUAGACAGCAUUAAAUAUCGAUUAAAAACGCUGAAUGGUCAUAUCAACCACCUCCGCAUUUUCGGUUCAUAUGGUUUUUGGCGCUGAAAAGUCUUUAAACGACGGGUAAUCAUCUGAAAGUUAGAGAUCAACUACAGACAACAUUAUGAUGGGCUGUGUAGACCAUCUUUUAAAAAUUGAAUUCGACGAACUCGACUUGAUGCGGGUUAUUGCUGACAAUUCAGCUGAUGUUGAAAACACAGUGCAAAAGUAUUCUUCCUUCCUGGAGAAUACCGUCAAUGAACUUAUAUAUAACAAUUAUGCACACCUUGGAGCUCCGAAUGAUGUGAUCGACAAAAUGUUUGACAUGAUAUGCAAAGCGUGGACUSUUCCCGAUUGCAAACUUGCUUAUGCGUUGUGUAACACGUUACGGAAGUCCGGUGGACUGGAUUUGUUGAUAAACAACUGUGUAUCCAGAGACAAAAAACUACAGUUCUCUAGCGCCAGACUUUUAGAGCAAUGCCUAACGACAGAAAAUCGUGAAUAUGUAUUGGAAAAGGGGGUAGAGAAGGUGGUGCACGUAGUGUGUGAGUACAAGACUCAAAUCAGCUCGGUGGAUAAACUGAAUGUCAGCACCGGACUCCUUGAAAACUUAUUUAAACACAGUGAAAUCAUGUGUAGCGAUGUAAUAAAACUCGGUGGUUUGGACGUAUUGCUCAACAAAUGUCGAAAUCAAGACACCGAAACCUUGAAACAUUGCACCAGUGCUCUGGCAAAUUUAUCGCUGUAUGGAGGACCAGAAAGCCAAGAUAAAAUGAUAAAGCGUAAAGUACCCACUUGGUUGUUCACGUUGGCGUUUAAUACAGAUAUCAACAUCAAGUAUUACGCUUUCUUGGCAAUAGUCGUUUUAGUCACUAAUAAAGAAGACGAGGUAGCCGCGAUAAAAUCCAGAUCUUUAGAUAUGAAUAAUCCGUUAGUCGUCACGCCAACGGAAUUCGACAAAUCCAACAUGGCUUCACAUUCUCGUGGUCAAAGUCAAAAAUGGCUGAAGAGACUUGUGCCGGUUUUGAGUUCCACCCAAGAAGAAACGUGCAACUUGGCUGCUUUUCAUUUUUGCAUGGAAGCCGGGAUCAAGAAACAAUUAGGUAUGACCAGCAUAUUCAGAGCGAUCAACGUGAUUGAACCCCUGAAAAAAAUGACCAGUUGUGAAAACAUCAUAGCUUCAAAAUUAGCAGCCAAAACGUUAAAGUUGAUUGGCGAAGAAGUACCACACCAACACAAUCGAGAAGAUGAAGUUCCCCAGUGGUCAGUAGAUGAUGUACACAAAUGGGUCAAACGAAGCGAUUUUAGCGAGUAUGCUGAAAUUUUUUCGGAAAAUCUAGUUGAUGGUCAUAUUUUGUUGCACCUUACCGAAGACAACUUGAAAUAUGACAUCGGUAUGCGAAAUGGAAUUACGAGAAAAAGAUUUCUAAGAGAACUAGACAAUUUAAAACAAUCAGCCGACUACAGUAGUAAAGACUCGACCGGUUUGCAAUCGUUCCUCAGGUCGAUCAGCUCAAAUUACGUUGUAUACACGUAUCCCAUGUUGAAUGCAGGAGUAAACAUGAAUACGAUCAGGAGCUUAACAGCAGAUCGGCUCGUAUACGAUUGCAAAAUCACAAACAGCAUACAUCAGACUUUUAUAUUAAAUGCUAUUAAAGCGAUGAAUUUGAUGGAAUCGUCAUUGGAAAAAAAAAAUACGGAUGUAUUUAUCAGUUAUAGACGAUCGAAUGGAUCUGAAUUGGCUAGUUUUAUCAAAGUUUGCCUAGAAAUUCGAAAGUUUCGAGUGUUCAUCGAUGUGGUAAAAUUAGAAAACGGACAUUUUGGCCAUAACUUAGUAAAACAUUUAAAACAUUCGAAACACUUCGUUGUUGUGUUAACCCAAAAUUCAUUGGAUCGGUGUGUCGGUGACGACGAAUGCAAUGACUGGGUUCACAAGGAAAUCGUGACAGCGAUGCAAAACCAGUUGAACAUAAUUCCUAUCAUAGUGGAAGAUUUCACUUGGCCAGAAUCGCUUCCAGAGGACAUCCGUAAAUUGCAGACGUACGACGUAAUAGAGUGGUCGCACACCAAYCAGGAUAAGUUCAUUGAUGCCAUCGUGACGGCUAUGCGUGGAGACUCGAAUGUCAUCCAAGAGGUGACCAACGAUGGUAUUUCGUCAGACCUGUCAACAGUGGUUGGGGAUUCACCUCUCGUUGUCGUGUAGUUUUACGGCCCCGAAUAUUACGGACCUAUUCUGWUUUYUGGUUAUCCUCUGCAGGUGACCGCCCACCGCCACCUGUUACGUAACUGACUCUGGGAAAUUGAUAUAAAUUUCAAAUGGCUGAAGAUAUUAAUAAAUAUGUACCUACACUAUUAAAAACAUAUAAUAUAG